ACUUUAUUAUGAUUCAGUGCAAAGUACUGAAAAAGGGCUCCAGCUUCCGGCCUUCAGGGAGUUAGUGGUGUCUGGGAGGAUGUUGCAGUGGCUCCCUAGUUGGCAUGAGGCUUAAUUGACACCUUUGAUACAGCCUGAGACAGAACCUGCACCUCCCACUGCUGCUUGGAAGACGUCAGCCUUAUGCAGAAAAGGCAUCUGCUGAUGAAUCCUGCAUCUCAUUCCAUCUGCUCUGGGAGCAGCAGCCUUAGCCAUCCUUAACUAACCCAACUGCCUCACAUUUCUGCGGGUGCUUGGCUUAGUGCUGAGAAGGAACUUUGCCUCUUACUAUUGUCAGGUCAAACAGUAAGACUGUGUCCAUGUUAGAACUCAUAGAAGUUAAUGGGACCCCGGGUAGUCAGCUCUCCACUCCACGGUCUGGCAAGUCACCAAGUCCAUCACCCACCAGCCCAGGAAGCCUGCGGAAGCAGAGGAGCUCUCAGCAUGGCGGUUCCUCUACUUCACUUGCGUCCACCAAAGUAUGCAGCUCAAUGGAUGAGAAUGAUGGAUCCGGAGAAGAAGUGUCGGAGGAAGGCUUCCAGAUUCCAGCCACAAUAACGGAACGAUACAAAGUUGGAAGGACAAUAGGAGAUGGAAAUUUUGCUGUUGUCAAGGAAUGUGUAGAAAGGUCAACUGCUAGGGAGUAUGCUCUGAAAAUUAUCAAGAAAAGCAAAUGUCGAGGCAAAGAGCACAUGAUCCAGAGCGAGGUGUCUAUCUUAAGAAGAGUGAAGCAUCCCAAUAUUGUUCUUCUGAUUGAAGAGAUGGAUGUGCCAACUGAACUGUAUCUUGUUAUGGAAUUGGUAAAGGGAGGAGACCUCUUUGAUGCCAUUACUUCCACAAACAAAUACACUGAGCGAGACGCCAGUGGGAUGCUGUACAACCUGGCCAGUGCCAUCAAAUACCUGCAUAGCCUGAACAUCGUCCACCGUGAUAUCAAGCCCGAGAACCUGCUGGUGUAUGAACACCAAGAUGGCAGCAAAUCACUGAAGCUGGGUGACUUUGGACUGGCUACCAUUGUGGAUGGUCCCCUGUACACAGUCUGUGGCACUCCAACAUAUGUGGCUCCAGAAAUCAUUGCAGAGACUGGAUAUGGCCUCAAGGUAGACAUCUGGGCAGCUGGUGUAAUCACGUAUAUCCUGCUGUGUGGCUUCCCUCCGUUUCGUGGAAGUGGUGAUGACCAGGAGGUGCUUUUUGACCAGAUUUUGAUGGGACAAGUGGACUUUCCUUCUCCAUACUGGGAUAAUGUUUCUGAUUCUGCGAAGGAGCUUAUCACCAUGAUGCUGUUGGUCAAUGUUGAUCAGCGAUUUUCAGCCAUGCAGGUCCUUGAGCAUCCCUGGGUAAAUGAUGACGGCCUCCCAGAAAAUGAACAUCAGCUGUCAGUAGCUGGAAAGAUAAAGAAGCAUUUCAACACAGGCCCCAAGCCGAAUAGCACAGCAGCUGGAGUUUCUGUCAUAGCAACCACCGCUCUUGAUAAGGAGAGGCAGGUUUUCCGACGAAGAUGCAACCAGGAUGUGAGGAGCCGAUACAAGGCACAGCCAGCUCCGUCUGAACUCAACUCGGAAUCCGAAGACUACUCCCCAAGCUCAUCAGAGACUGUUCGCUCCCCAAACUCGCCCUUUUAAUAAGACCCUUUUACUCGAAGCCCUAGCCUAACCCUUUGAGACUCUCUGAUUUUUUCCCCCAAAUUAUGUAAAACAGUUUCAUCUGAUCUAUCUAGCACUCAGAAACAGAAAGUGUGUUUUCUGGUACCUUUGUAGUAAUUUCCCUUUGCUGAAUAAGAUAUGUUGUUUGUAAAGAUGGCAACUUGCUGCUAAUAGGAUCCUCAAAGGGUUAAGUCUACUUUGCAACUUUUUAAAAUUUAAAAGCAAUGAAUAUUUUCAUCAGUCAAACUAGGAUCUGCAGUGUGUAAUAAGCACAUGUUAACCCUCUGAGUGCAUGGCUUUUGGAGACCCCUUGGGGAAUUUUCCAGGCCUUUGGAUGUAUAGACACAUUUCUUGAUUUUGCUGCAGAUCUAGGGGUGUUUUUAGAUGCCACAAUAUCCAGAAAAGAAAGGCACCUAGAAUGAUAUCUUGCUUUUCCUUUUCUAUAGGUUUAGAUCAUGGCCGUUUUAUAACUUAGGCAUAAACACCCCUCUUUCUUCUUCACAGUCCUAUUAAGAAAGAGACUUUUCUCAUUAGAGGUAUGACUUUCAGCUGCCAUGAGUUCUGCAUCCCAAGUGGAGGAAAUUGGUCCUGUGGCAAACAGCCUGACCCACAAAAGAGAUGGUACCCCCCCCCAAAAUUAUCUCCAUAUGAAGAUGUGCUGAUAUCACUCCAGAAAUGCUGCUUCCACAUCAGCUGCUGCUAGUGCCAGCGCAGACCCUCAGGAAGGCACACACAUACCUUAUCUUGUGCUUGGUGAGGGAGGGUCUGCCUGCUCAGUAUGAGCCAUCUACAGGACAAAAAAAAAAAACUGGUAGAAAAGAGCAAUAAAUUGCCAGGUGCUCUAUAGGACUGGAAUUUCAAACAGAAAGAGGAAACAAGAUCCUGGUCUUUUUUCUCACCUGCUUUUCCAUGCACUGCUGUCUUCAGUGUGAAAUCCAUAAAAUAUCAAAUCCAUACACAGGAGUGCUGGGGCACAGGGGACUAGAGGCAAAGUGUUUUUGCAAGGUGACUAAGGAGAAAGCACAGUGAGAAAACAAUCUAGAAUAUUUUUAAAAUGGGUUUUAAGGAAAUAAAACACUGAUAAGAUCAUUUCCUGUGUACCUUUAGGUUUCCUACAUAUGAUCUCCCAGGAAGAACAGGAUAGGAGAACUGGAAGAUACCACUGAGGAUGAAACUUCCAUUCCCUAAGGUGCCCUUUUUAUACACCGCUGUCUUUAGCUAUCUAGAGGGGCAUGUUAUUUUUCUAUCUAUGGGUCAAGUCCUGUCUGACACCUGAAUUGUCACUCCUGUGACAAAACCUUGAUCCCUAGCCCUGUAUCUCCAUUGAGUUUCUUCUGGAAUGUGUCACAUUUCAGAAUGGGGGCCUCCUGUGCUUUACUGUGAUGCUUAGAGAAAAGGCUAGCCAUGGUGUCUUGGAGGCAAGGACCCAACUCAAAUGUCCUCCUAAGGUUUGCUCAGUUUUGAGAUGCAGGAGACAACCAAAGAGUGAGGUCUCAUAAAAUUUGCAUAUGUAAAGCUGAACAGCACUUACUGUCUCUGUUUUGAAUAUAUUUCAAUAUCUGAAGGUCUUUGACAUUUCUUUAUUUUCAAAUACACAUUUGUCUUCAAUUGCUGCUUUUACUCUUUAACUCAUAAACUAUGCCCUAUGUUAAUAUAGAUUUUAAGGUCCUACCAUGUCAUGAUUUUUACAAAGUAGUUCCCUCAAUUUUUUGCUCUUCUACAUUUAGGUUUAUUUCUUUAGUCUGUGUUGUCCUGACAUGUAAGCUUUUAUUAAAAGUUGUCCCCCUUUUAGAGAGUCCUAAAAUGAUACAAUAUCGCAGAGUAGCACAAUUCAGUCAAGGUUGGGGUGAGGGCAGAAUACCAGGAAAGGUGUUGGUGUGUAGAAAGAUUCCACAUAAGUGAAGUACCCAGAACUGUUCAGAAAUACUGCUUUGUCUAGAACUAUAAAGCAAAGCACUAUUCUAAGUAGCACUGGAGUAGCCAUAUAACUUGGCCUCAACUCUAAAUGUGUGACUAUGAAGAAUCUUAUGAGCAGAGACGUACCUACAUAAGAUUGUCACUUUCCUUUCAUUCUCUGAAUUACUGCUUUUCCCGUGGACAUUACAUGUAUUGGUACAGCAUUUAGUGUACAGAACUUAUAGUGCAUGGCUCAGCCUUUUUCCAUCCAAGUCUUGGGAGACUGUGGACCAUGUGAAGCUGGGGAGUGUUUCACAACACACUUCAGAGAGCAGCUCGGAAGAAUAUAGGGCCCAUUCAGCAUGGAGAGCCCAACGCAUUGCUGUCAAAUUUGUGAUUUAUGCUGAGUAAACAGUGUAUGUGAUAUGUCAAGUGGAAAUGUUGAGUAAUCAGAUGGAAUGCAAUCUUUUCAGCAUCAAGCUGUCAAGAUCCUGAAUAUCAGAAAUGUACGCAAAGGGUUAACAGACAAGCACAAGGCAUGCUGAUUACAUUGGUAUAUUCAGACUGUUUUGCUUUUAGCCAAUGCUUUAUAAUUUUUUUUCAUGACAUUCUUGGGAUAGUUCAAGUUUGAAUUCAUUAAGUGAUAGUGUUCUUUAAGUAAUUUCUAUAACCAAAUUGAUCUUUUAUUUCACUUCAUCAUCAAAUAAAUAUGUACCAUUAUGGGAGUGUACUUCUGUAAUUAUCAUUUUAAUCAUUGCCAUAAGUGUUUCCAUAUUUUUUCCUAAGUAUUUAAUAUAGCUCUUAUGGUGUUAGUAUGGUGAUGGGGACUGUCUUUCCUUU